AUAACAUAAUUCAAAAGACUGCUCAGCGCGUGAUCCACACUUUCCGACUCGUAUAAUCGAACGAUCCGCCGAUGGCGAUCAUCUACGCGGUUGUGGCGAGGGGCACGGUGGUACUAGCGGAGUUCAGCGCCGUCACGGGGAACACAGGCGCCGUGGUGCGCCGGAUCCUCGAGAAGCUCUCGCCGGAAACCGCCGACGAGAGACUCUGCUUCUCCCAAGACCGUUACAUCUUCCAUAUCCUCAGAUCCGACGGGCUCACCUUCCUCUGUAUGGCCAACGAUACCUUUGGAAGGAGGAUACCGUUUUCGUAUUUGGAGGAGAUUCAUAAGAGGUUCAUGAAAAACUACGGGAGAGUGGCGCAUAGUGCUCCAGCUUACGCGAUGAACGAUGAGUUCUCGAGGGUUCUGCAUCAGCAGAUGGAGUUCUUCUCUAGUAAUCCUAGUGUUGAUACUCUCAAUCGUGUCCGAGGAGAAGUCACUGAGAUAAGAUCGGUGAUGGUGGAUAACAUUGAGAAGAUAAUGGAGAGAGGUGAUAGGAUUGAGCUUCUUGUUGAUAAAACUUCAACUAUGCAAGAUAAUGCGUUUCACUUCAGGAAACAGUCUAAGCGCUUACGCAGAGCUCUUUGGAUGAAAAACGCUAAGCUCUUGGUAAUGUUGACGUGCGUGAUAGUUCUCGUGCUGUACAUAAUAAUCGCAUCUUUCUGUGGAGGCAUCACUUUACCCUCCUGCAGAUCUUAAUCUCUGAGGCCCUAUCUAAGGUAAAAUGAUCUUUUCCGGGGGCAUCUAGCCUGAAGCAGACCACUGUUAUUUGUAAAUCGCCCAGUUGCAUCCUUCAGUUUUCAGUCUUGGUUUUCUAUCAUGAAAAUGACAGUAAGUUACAUGCCAUGGUCUUCGUCGCUUUUGUAACACUCUUUGUAAAUGUUCACAAUGCGUAAAACACUCUUACCUUGUCUUAGGCUUUUUGUUCAUUGUAUUUCCAGAACUUCAUUACCUUUGUCUUUUAUGAUUCGUGCAUGUACAUCACAUGUGCGCAAGUUAUUUUGUUCAAAUGACACUGAUUUUUCUUUUUGGUUUAUUGACAUUUCUAGUUUAGUAA